AUGAACGCCCUCAUCUCGGCCAGCGACAUCAAAACUUUCUACAGCGCCUUACACUGCUUGAGCCGAUUCUCAGAGACUUUCUGGUUACAAUGCAGUCCAAAGAUUGGUGGACAGUCUCAGAUACGACUGUCAGCAAUCAAUCCGACCAACUCGGCCUUUUGCAUGUUCGUCUUUGAUCCCGACUUUUUCCUCUCUGUCACUACCGAAUCUUCGUCCAAGUUGGAGUGUCAGAUCCAGCUCAAGUCCAUCCUCUCAAUCCUCCGCACGCGAGGUCGCGCAGUCGAACGACUAUCCCUGUCCCUUAGCCCCGACUCUGCCCCGAUCCACCGCUUCACCAUCACCCUCCACUGCCACCAUUCCAUCACCAAAUCACAUAACCUCACCUACUCUCCCAAACGAGGCCUUCUCCCCACCGCCGAUCCCAACCCACCCAACUUUUUCUGCAUCCACCCCUCCACAGCCUCCGAAUGGCUCGAUCACUUCCUCUCCCCUUCCUCCUCCUCUUCCUCCCGGUCGGGGGAGAUCACACUCCACUGCGCCCCCAACUCUUGCAUCGCACGAAGCAAAGAAGACGAGAUCCCCACGCACACAACAACAGGCGCAGGAGGGGGGAUUAGAAAAUGUAUCGCAACAGAAGUGAAAAUUGCAACAGAGGAUUUCAAAGAGUAUGCAGUACUAGAAGAGGCCAAAUUGACGUUUAGUUUAAGAGAGUUUAAAGCGACCGUGGCGUUGGCCGAGGGUUGGGGAACAGGCUUAGAGGUGAAUUUCAGUGAUGGAGAUGAACCACUGUUUGUUAGGAUGAAGAGUGAAGGUGGAGGUGUGGCGGGGGAGUUUGUGAUCGCUACUACUAGAGGGGAUCGAACCGAUGCUGGAGGGGGGACCGAGGUACGAGAUGAUCCUGGACAAGAGCAGGGACACGGCCAACAAAGAGAAACUCCACAACAGCACGAACAGAGACCUAUCGCUGCUUCUGCUUCAAGGAUCAAACAGCCGCAUCGACAAGCAUCGGCAUCCAUAGCUUCAGGGCAAGGCGAAACUUCGCUUCCGUCUCACCCUCAACCAGUACCCCCACUCGCACACGCCAUACCCACAGAAUCAACCCCGCAUCCCCAACAUCUCGCAAAGCACCCCGAAGAUGAAGGGGACGCCGACGAAACGCAACCACUCUUCUUCCCCGGCGCAUCGCAACUGUCACUGCAACCAACCCCACAGGAGUCCGCAGGGGAAAGGGAACCAGAACAAACAUUCGUCCAACCAACACCGGUCGCCCAAGGUGGAGAUCCUAGUGAAUUUCUGCCAAGCCAAAGCAGUUCUGCUCCCCCCACACAGCAGCAGCAACAACAACAUCAACGGGAUGCGUUUCGUACGGAGUCGCAUUCAGACGCAGACAGCGAACAAGAUGACGAGAGAGGCGGAAUGCCUAGGAAACGGUUCAAACCUUUGUUCUAG